AUGUAUAACAGUCUGAAGGAAUGGCCGGCAGACAUGGACUACCACUCUAUGGUUGAAGAGUUCCAGAAGGCGUUCCACGUGUGGUCUGAAGCCUCCAAACUGACGUUCACUGACAUGAGGAGGGGUUCGGCAGACAUCGAGAUCUCGUUCCUUCGCGGCCGACACGGCGAUGAAUACCCUUUCGACGGUCCCGGAGCCAUAUUGGGUCACGCGUUCUUUCCCGGGGAUGACAUCGGAGGCGACGCCCACUUCGAUGCCGACGAACAGUGGGACAAACGGCGGUCUAAUGAAAUCGAUAGGAGACCCGGUGUUUGGGCCGGGGUCAGUCUGUUCUCAGUGGCGGCCCACGAAUUUGGACAUUCAUUGGGUUUAUCGCACUCUUCGGUCUCCGGUUCCCUAAUGUUUCCAUACUAUCAAACACUUGAUGACAACUUUAGGCUCCCGUACCUGCUGUGGUUACCAUAUGUUUACUUUUGGUGGUUGCAAGAGAACCGGGAUAUAAAUCGGGCCGAACCCACGGAAAUCACUCACUAUUGGCCUCAUUUGCCGAAGGAUUUGGUGAAAGUGGACGCCGUCUAUGAGCGACACAAAGACGCAAAGAUUGUCUUUUUUAUCGGCAAAGAGUAUUACGUUUUCAAUAACCAAAAUCAUUUAGAGCCGGGUUAUCCCAAAACACUCGUUUCUAUGGGACUGCCAGAAACACUGGACAAAGUGGACGCCGUUAUGAUAUGGGGCCACAACGCAAAGACUUAUAUAUUCAGUGGUUCUCAGUAUUGGAGGUUCGAUGAGGAGGACAAUCGAGUGGAAUUGGAUUACCCCAGAGAUAUGGCCGUUUGGAAGGGCAUUCCCGUUCCCAUCGACGCCGCCUUUCAGUGGGCGUCCGAUGGUCAUACAUACUUUUUCAAAGGAAAGCAAUUCUGGAAAUUUGAUAACCGAAAGAUGCAAUCGAGUGAUGGAUAUCCGCAUAGUAUCGGCCCGUUUUGGUUCCGUUCGCUGCACUGCAGGCUACAGCAGUUCUCAUAG